UGUCGGGUCUAGGUGCUAAUUCACAUUUUCAAAUGGAGGAAAGUCUGAAGCAUUGGAGCCCCUACGCACGAGAGUAUGAUCCCCUCAAAGCUGGCAGCAUAGAUAGCACCGACACAGUGCCCCACGACAAAGCGAUAAGUCGAGCCAUUGAAGCGCACUACGAACCACCCAGGAAUCUGAAGUCUAAGCCAGAAAGAACCUUGUUUGUGGGUAGACUGGGAUCUAAAAUCACAAAACACGAUUUGAAGGAGUGUUUUUCCAGACAAGGAGACGUGCUGUCUGUCAAAUUGAUCGUAGAUGUUGUGACGGGACUUCCUCAGGGCUAUGCCUUCGUUGAAAUGAAGAAUGAAGAGCAGGCGCACAGAGCUGUAAGACGACUUCACGACAUUUCACUCAACGGUUGUCGGAUAUUCGUUGAUUUUGAAUGCGGACGAAAUAUGAGCGGAUGGAAACCCAGACGAUUAGGUGGCGGUUUCGGAGGCAAGAAAGAAUCUGGACAGCUGAGAUUUGGGGGAAAGAAUAGACCUUUCAAAAAACCUAUUCUACCAGGAUCGAUGAAGUAAAUUGUCAAAAAUCAAAUUUUCUCAUUCUAUUUCCAUGUAAACAAUGUAACAAUAAGUAAAUUCCUGAAUAAAUAUUUUUUAC